AUGAAGGACAACAGGUCACGGCCCCACAAGAUCGUAUGGAUCUGCGAGAGAUGCUUCCUCCGGGACAGGCCGAAGACAGCACAUUACGUCUUCAUCGCUUCGACUGGGGGAAGCGUCGUCCGACAUCUGAGGAAGGAGCACAAAGUCGUGCCACCUUCUAGACAACGUGCAGGCUCAGUUACCGGGAGUGGAGGUGCAGAACGGAACCUGCUUGAUAUGCUUCGCGCCGAUCCGACGAACCCUCGAGAUCAGACUCUUCUCAGCAAUCUGCAUACGUUAUUCGAUCCGAAGAUGAAUCAACUGCUCCUGCUCGACUGGCUUACAUAUCAUAACCUCCCCUUUAAUGUCGUAAACUCUGAGCGCUUCAGACGACUCCUUCUCUACAACAACCCGGCUCUCCAGGAAGGCCAGAUACCAACUGGCAAAACGCUUAGCGAGAAGUAUGAUUCAUUUACCUUUGAUGGCUGGACUUCCCGACAAAACACAUCAUUCCUCGGUAUCAACGCCCACUUUAUCGACCAAGAUUGGAACCAAUGGGAAUCCUCUUGGCUUUGCCGGCUCUCGCGAAACGCCAUACUGGAGCAGCGCUUGCAGAUGAAGUUGCAGAUACAAUAUGCGCGUUUGGUCUUGAAGACAGAAUCGGGUACUACACGCUUGACAACGCUACGAAUAAUGAUACGGCUGUGGAAGCGCUUGCCGCUGAGUUCGAUUUCGACAGGAAGAGCGUCGCAUCCGCUGCGCCCUCAUUUUCUGAACCUGGCCGACUUUGUGGCUGAAGAGGAAGAGCAGCGCCAGUUGUCCGACGCUAUCAAUGAGCUGGCGACCGACGACGACUUCUGUGUGCCGAGCAUGGAAGAAGGAUUCGAGGUUGAAACAGUCCCAGAAGGCAGUCAGGAUCAGGACGUACUGCCCGACAUCAUCAAUGGCGAAGAAGUGGACAAGUACCGCAAGUUUGGGCCAUUUGGCAAACUUCACAAUAUUGGCAUUGCUCUUCGAACGAGCAGUCAACUUCUCGAGGUCUUUACGAAGCUCAACGGCAAACCGCUCCUACUGAACCUAUUCUUACGUGGGUUCAAAACGUCUGCACUCGCUGGAUGUUUUCCAUCAUCGAGGAACGAUGGCUUGGCAAAGGCGGCAAAGAACAGGACAAACCAGCGAUACUGA